AUGUCCACCAGCACUGCACAUGUUGCCAUUCCGACCACCCCUCCGUCGUCGUCGCGGCUCAUGCAGUCGCGGCGACCGCCCUACCAACCUCUGAACUCGUCACCGCUUGCGAAUAACGCCGAACUCCCCUCCUUUGGCCAUUGUUCAGGACGGAGGAGAUCGCAGUACAAAGCAACUGGUCCGACUACGCCUUCAAACUCACGAACUCCCCUUCCGCCCAGUGCUAGCGGUGGCGGCUCGGUGUUCCUGUCUGGUGGCAGUGGGAGCCGGAAGCUGUUCGUCAACUCGUCCCCAAGCGAAGACCCUCAGAAGACCUUCCUGCGGGAUCGCUUCAAGGCAAAGUGCCUCGAGCGUGCCGCUCAAGCGAGACGACGGUCCAUCAACAAGCGUCGCUAUGCGUCUAGUGAACCAAGCAGCGACGGGUUCGACCUCGACAUGGACAUGGACGAUGGUGAGGACGAAGAAGACGAGGAAAUUAUGAAUGAUGAGUUCUUCCGCCGCGUCGUCGCUUUCGACAACUGCAAGGACAAGCGGUCGUUCGAUCGCUGGUAUGCUCGCGAGUUUGGCAGCGACGAUCCCCACGCCAUGGAGCGGUGGGCAGAGGAAGAAGCUGAAGCCGCCGCCAACGCACCGGAAGAGGAGCUCACACCGGAGGACCUCGAACAAGCCGAAUUGGAGGCUUACGCAGAAGAGCUUGCCAACCAGGGUGGCUGGGACGACGACCUCCCUACCGAGCACCCGUCUUCCGACGCAGAUAUGAUCCACGAUAUGGACAUGGACGUCGACAUGGACUUCUGA